AUGGAGUCGCGGCGGCCGCGGCCGCGCUCGCCACCGGGUCGCGGCGGAAGGGAGAACAAGGGGAUCCGCAGGAAGGGCCCGCCGGCGGCCGGCGGACCUGAGGAGGCCGUGGACGGCAGGAAGCCUAAAUUCCAUUUAAAUAUCAAGACAUUGACAGAUGAUGUGCUGGACAGAUUUGCCAGUAUAAGAAUUCCAGGGAGCAAAAAGGAAAGACCUGCUCUGCCACAUAUGAAGCAGUCACACUCUACAGAUGGGUCAUCUACACCUACUGAUGUGGAAGAUUUUGUUCCAAAACCCCUGUCAGAAAGAGAAAUCAUAGCGCUCUUUGAAAAAAUGAUGGAAGAUAUGAAUUUAAAUGAAGACAAGAAGAUGCCGUUGAGAGAAAAGGAUUUUAAUACCAAAAAAGAAAUGGUGAUGCAAUACAUUAGCACUGCUUCAAAGUCUGGAAGUCUCAAGAACAGUCGAAAGAUUUCACCACAAGAAUUUAUCCAGGAAUUAAAAUCCGGAUCAACAGAUGAAAGACUAGUGACUUGCUUAGAAUCACUUCGUGUGUCCUUAACUAGUAAUCCUGUCAGCUGGGUAGAAAACUUCGGCCGAGAAGGUCUGGGUCUUCUGUUGGAUGUUUUGGAAAGACUGGUUGAGACAAAGCACCAGGACAAAGCUGUGAAGAAAAGCCAGCAUAAGGUUAUACAGUGUUUGAGAGCCUUCAUGAAUAAUAAGUAUGGAUUGGAAAGAAUUCUGGGAGAAGAGAGGAGCCUUUUGUUGCUGAUCAAAGCAAUUGAUCCCAAGCAAACUAAUAUGAUGACAGACAUAGUCAAACUCCUUUCUGCAAUGUGCAUUGUUGGAGAAGAAAGCAUCCUUGAAAAAAUUUUGGAAGCUAUAACAGCAGCAGCAGAGGAAAGAAACGUUGAUAGAUUCUCUCCUAUCGUAGAAGGACUUCAGGAUAACUCAGUUCAGCUGCAAGUAGCUUGCAUGCAACUCAUCAAUGCUCUUGUUACAUCUCCUGAUGAUUUGGAUUUUAGGCUUCACAUCAGAAAUGAAUUUAUCCGCAGUGGAUUGAAAGAGAUACUGCCACAAUUGAAAUGUAUUAAAAAUGAAGCACUAGAUAUUCAGCUGAAGGUAUUCAAUGAGCACAAGGAAGAAGACAUGAUUGAAUUCUCUCAUCGUUUAGAAGAUAUUAGAUCUGAACUAGAUGAAGUAAAUGAUGUUUACAACAUGGUAUGGAAUACAGUUAAGGACACUAGUGCCGAAGGAUAUUUUCUUUCUAUUCUCCAACAUCUUUUGCUAAUAAGAAAUGAUUAUUUUAUACGUCCACAGUAUUUCAAAUUAAUUGAAGAGUGCGUGUCCCAGAUAGUGUUACAUCGCAGUGGAACAGACCCAGAUUUCUCUUAUCGAAAAAGACUAGAUAUAAAUUUCAGCCACUUAGUAGAUAUUUGUGUAGAUAAAGCAAGAUUAGAAGAAUGUGAAGAGCGGGCUUCUGAGCUUUCCAGGAAGUUUGAGAAAGAUUUUGUAGCUCAUCAAGAGACCCAGGCCCUACUGCAAAAAAAAGAAGAAAGAAUCAAUGCACUUGAAGCAGAAUUACAAGCUUUUAAAUCUCAGUAUGGCUCCUUGCCACCUGGAUUUCUACCAUCAACAUCUGGAGAUGCAUCUGCCAUUCCACUGGAAGCUGCAGAACCACAUCAGAUGCCUCCUCCUCCUCCACCACUGCCUUCUAAUGGAGCAAUCCCACCACCACCACCGCCUCCCCCUCCUCCUCCACUUUUGAAUGGCUUGGGAUUUGCUGCAGGAAUUGGUGCUCCUCCACCACCACCACCUCCACCAGGCCUGCCUGGGGUACAGUGGUCUCCACCUUCAUGUGCUCUGCCAUUUGGGCUGAAGCCUAAAAAAGAAUUUAGACCAGAGGUUACCAUGAAAAGGCUCAACUGGUCUAAGAUCAGGCCUCAGGAAAUGACAGAGUCCUGUUUUUGGGUUAAGGCAGAAGAGGACAAGUAUGAGAAUGCUGACAUGCUUUGCAAACUGGAACUUACAUUUUGUUGUCAGAAGAGGGUAAAAAAAGAUGAGGAAGAUUUUGAAGAAAAGAAAUCCAUUAAGAAAAGAAUCAAAGAACUAAAAGUUUUGGACCCCAAAAUUGCACAGAAUCUGUCAAUUUUCCUUGGAUCUUUCCGAGUGCCUUACGAAGAAAUUAAAAUGAUGAUUUUGCAAGUAGAUGAAACACUACUCUCAGAGUCCAUGAUUCAGAAUUUAAUAAAACAUCUUCCAGAGCAAGAACAACUGAAUGCAUUGUCAAAGUUCAAGAAUGAGUACAAUAAUUUAUCUGAGCCAGAGCAGUUUGGAGUUGUGAUGAGCAACGUGAAGAGACUACGGCCACGGCUCACUGCUAUUCUUUUUAAGCUUCAGUUUGAGGAGCAGGUGAACAACAUCAAACCUGACAUCAUGGCUGUCAGUGCUGCUUGCGAAGAGAUAAAAAAGAGCAAAAGCUUCAGCAAGCUGCUGGAACUAGUACUGUUAAUGGGAAACUACAUGAAUGCAGGUUCUCGGAAUGCACAGACCUUUGGAUAUAACCUCAGCUCUCUCUGUAAACUGAAAGACACGAAGUCAGCAGAUCAAAAAACAACACUGCUCCAUUUUCUUGUGGAAGUGUGUGAAGAAAACUAUCAAGAUGUUCUGAAUUUUGUUGAAGAUUUUCAGCAUUUGGAUAAAGCUAGUAAAGUCUCAGCAGAAAACCUGGAGAAGAGCCUGAAGCAUAUGGAAAAGCAACUCCAACAGCUUGAGAAGGAUUUGAAGACAUUUCCAGUUGCUGAAGAUAAGCAUGAUAAGUUCGUAGCAAAAAUGUCCAGCUUUCUAAUUCAUGCCAAAGAAGAUUUUCAGAAACUUUCAGGGAUGCAUGAGAACAUGGAAAAACUGUAUCAGAAUGUGAUGAGGUAUUUUGCAAUCGAUCUGAAGAAAGUUUCAGUGGAGGAGUUUUUGACCGACUUAAACAACUUCAGGAUGAUGUUCAUGCAAGCAAUAAAGGAGAAUAUAAGAAGGAGAGAAGCAGAAGAAAAGCAGAGACGUGCUAAAAUAGCUAAGGAGAAAGCAGAAAAAGAAAAACAAGAGAGGCAACAAAAGAAAAAGCGUUUGUUAGAAAUGAAAACAGAAGGGGAGGAGACUGGAGUGAUGGAUAGUCUGUUGGAGGCCUUGCAGUCAGGUGCAGCUUUUCGAGAUCGAAGGAAAAGAACAACAAGGCCUAAAGAAACACCACAAAAUCUCAGUCCAACCACACAGAGGCCGGUGCUGAAAGCCUGUAACCAUGAGAACCAGAAAGCACAACUAGAGAAGUCGUGUUCACGCCACAAUAUCAGCUUAAACUCGACAAGAAGCCCGGUCACCAAAGAGGUUACUUAUGAUGUGGAAACAAGUUGUAUGGCAUGGAACAAGGCUGCUGGGAGAAAGGAAGCCUAUAACGGAGAAGGCAACAAAGAAAGGAAAACAGAGCGUAACGGGUCUCCUUCUAAGGGAGAAACCAUUCCAGAGGUAGAAGCUCUCCUGGCAAGGCUGCGAGCACUAUAG